AUGUCCUUUUCUAAGGAAGAGGUCCGUACAAUUCCUUCCAACGUUCUGUCUAGAUUUUACCAGGACCUACAGUCAAAAUUCGUUGCAAUAUUCUGUCAAACCCUGCUUUAUGGUGCCUACGCGGUUAUCUUCUUGAUUACUCAUUGGGUCCUCGUCCAUCGGCAGCCCAGGGGGAAACCAAUCAAUUGGACAAUGGUUGGUAUUUCAUUGGCAAUGUUCAUCCUGGCCACCAUGCAUAUCGCCGUCAAUUUCACUCGAAUCAUCAAGGCCUUCGUUAUCUACAAAGAUGAACCAGGGGGACCCGCCGCCUUCUUUGACAAGCUUGCAGAGUUCACCCAACUAUUUGGCAGCACCAUUUACGUUGUCCAAACUCUCCUAGGCGAUAGCGUCGUGCUUCUUAGGUGCUACAUUGUAUGGGGACGGCGUCUCUCCGUUGUCCUGUUCCCAGCCAUCCUUCUUCUAGGAAGCACAGCUUCUGGGAUCGGAAUCUUGUACUCGAUGGCGCAUGUGGUGCCUGAAGCAGAAAUAUUCGCCGUCCAAUUGCAGAAGUGGAUUUUGACUUUCUUCUCCAUGACAUUCGCUACCAAUAUCAUUUGCACCUCGCUCGUUGCAUUCCGUAUCUGGCAUAACAUGAAACGCGAGAGUGCGGUAUUUGGCGGCGGGAGGAAUUUGCGCCCCGUUCUCUUCCUCGUGGUAGAAUCUGGCGCGGUGUACUCUGCGACGUUAUUGGCUUUACUUGUCCUCUACAAGACCGAAUCGUGGUUCCAGUACGUGUUACUGGAUGUGGUAUCACCGAUUGUUGGCCUCGUCUUCUCCAUGAUCAUCGUGCGCAUCGGGUUGGGUCUGACAACCACUGGUGGAGAGACGCGAGGCCCUUUUACUAGUCACAGGGAGAACGCUCGUCCUUCGGAUGGAGAGAAGGAAGAGGAAAUAACACUGGAGACUUUUGUAGCCGCCCCGCGGGUGCUUGAGGUGACGGCUACCAUGUCCUCGGGUCACAGCACCUACCCAGACACGGAUACGACGUACGCACAACCGUCCAGUGGGAGCAUAGACACGAGGUAG